UAAUAACAAAAAAAAAUCUUCUCUGUAUUUUGCUUUCUUCUAUAAUUCACCUCAGGUUCCUCCUAUCUUUAUCUCUUUGUAAAUAUUUCUGUAAAAAAAAUAAAAACCAACUCUCUAGUUUUUUAGUGCAUAAUAUUGCUCACAAAUUUCAAAAUUUUAUAAUAGGAUAAGUCUAUAGGGUUUAUUUGCUGUUUAAUUAUCUAAAAAAUUCUGUUUUUCAUUUCUGUACAUACCUAUUUGGGUAAAUUGCUAUCUUUCCUUAUUCAUUAAGUAAUCUACUUAUGACGUUGAAUAAUUAGGCUUUUAUGAGCUGUUGACGUGAGAGUUGAAUCUUGGGUUUGGCGUGUUGUACACAAAAUUGGAAUUAUAUUGUAUAAUUAAAUUAGGGUUAUGGAAUAAAGUUUCGAUCUUUAUUGUAGAAAAGGGUUGCUUUACUGUUCCCUUUUGUACCUUAACUUGUGUGGUGAUUUGGGAAAGUGAAAAAUUUCAGCUGGGGUUGUUGGAUUCAUUGAUAUUGUGUUCAGUUUAGUUGAUUUGAGUGGUUUUGUGGUGAAAAGUUUGAGUCUUUGAAGUUAAAGAUUUGGUGGGGUGGAAGAUUAGUUAGUAAAGAUGGUUGAAUCAAUUGGUGCAACAUCGCUUUUAGGGCGUGUGCCAGUAUUGGGAGGUUAUUGUAGCAAAGAUAUGUCGAGUAAACGGAAGCCAAUCGAUGUAUGUCGGUUGCCUUGUGCUGAUUUUCUUGGCAAAAAGCUUGUUUGUGGUUCUAAUUUGGAAAGAUUAAGAGCUGAUUGCGUAAGGAUUUCCUCAAUAAGAGGCCAAGCAAUGGAAUUGACCAAAGAGGCAUAUUCAUAUAGAGAGGAGGAGAAGAUGCCUAAGGAUUUCAGGUAUCGGAUUGACACUGAUGUAGAUAGAAAACCGGGAUUAUGGCCACCAAAGAAUAAGGCUGAUAAUCCAGCUCUUCAUAAUCCAUUGCUUAGACAAGAAAGGAUGGGUUGUGGAUGGUUAGCAGCUAUAUUUGAAUGGGAAGGUGUGUUAACUGAAGACAAUCCUGAUCUUGAGAAGCAGGCAUGGUUAGCUCUAUCUCAAGAAGAAGGAAAAUCACCUCCUCCCGGUUUCAUCUUGAAAAGAAUUGAAGGAAUGAAGAAUGAGCAAGCAAUAUCGGAAGUUUUGUGCUGGUCAAGAGAUCCUGUUCAAGUGAGGAGAAUGGCUUCGCGGAAGGAGGAGAUUUAUCAAGCCUUGCAAGGGGGUAUUUAUAGCUUCCGACCUGGAUCGCAGGAGUUUGUCAAUACCCUGAUGCACUACAAGGUGCCAAUGGCUUUAGUGUCUACACGUCCGAGAAAAUAUGUUGAGAAUGCAAUUGGUACCAUUGGCAUUGAAGGGAUUUUUAGUGUCAUUGUAGCUGCAGAGGAUGUUCAUAGAGGGAAGCCUGAUCCGGAGAUGUUUGUCUAUGCAUCGCAGCUUCUACAAUACAUACCGGAGAGGUGUAUAGUGUUUGGGAACUCAAAUCAAACUGUGGAGGCUGCACAUGAUGCUCAGAUGAAGUGUGUUGCUGUUGCAAGCAAACAUCCGGUGUACGAGCUUGGCGCUGCUGAUUUGGUUGUUAGGCACCUUGACGAGCUCUCGAUUAUUGACCUAAAGAACCUUGCUGCUGUUGAAUUGUCUGAAUUUGGAUCUGCCGAACCAGAGUUGGAAAUGGAGGAAGAGGAUGAUCCUUAUCCUCCAUCCACUGUGGCCGUUGAUGAUGGUUUCUGGUAACAUCUCUGCAAUGUACAGUAGUUGUGCUUAAUAUUACAUUCAAAUAGGAUAUAGAAAAAUGUAAACUAAUAUGCAAGUGUAUCAAAAGGUGGUCUACAUUGGGCUGCCAUUUAUGUGACUUUGUAUGUGAUAUUUGUAUUAUAUGUAUAUUGUGACAGUCACUACUUGCUUUUAGAUUCUGAGGUAUAACUUGUAGUGUUUUAAAAGGUUGGGACAGAAAUAAUAAUGAGAAUAAGGUGCA